GCCAUUUAUCCAUACAAAGCGAGAUGCAUUACAGGAUAUUAGACCCAUUGUCCCAUCUACUCACAUUACCUUAAAUCCGAUGUGACCUACCUGAAUGCUGAUCCUUCAAUGUUUUAAUGUUCUGUCCUCAGUGUCUCCUGUGUGUCCAUGACGCUGUAGCUCAGAGAACCUUUGAGCCCACUCUGCCACCAAUACCUGACACUGUUCUGGAAGACGAUGAGGAUUCUGUCAAGAUUGUCAGUCUGGUCAAAACCAAAGACCCCCUGGGUGCAACAAUUAAAAUGGAUAAAUCCACAGGGACGAUUGUUGUGGCGAGGAUCAUGAGAGGAGGUGCAGCUGAUAAAAGCGGCCUGAUCCAUGAAGGAGAUGAGCUGAAAGAGGUGAAUGGAGUCUCACUGGAACACAGGAAGCCAAAGGAAAUCCUUUCUCUUCUGGUUAGUCUCACCUUCGUGCCUUGGUUUUAUACAUCUCUUUGUUAA